AUGAUGCUCGUGUCCGCAGUCAACCUGUACUGGGAUCUGGUGAACUUCACCAGGGACCUCCGGGCCACCCUGUACCGCACUGCUGACACUUGGUGGCACCACAAUGUCACCUCCGACAGUGAUGACCCUGACACUUCCCGGAGCCAGGCCCUGGCUGCCUACAAGAGCACCCCAGGGACCGCCUGGAAGCGUGUGACAAAGGCAGCUAAAGAGUGGCAGUGGCCAGUGUCUGAUCUUGUGAACAGCUGGGCCCGGCUGGCCAGCGCAGCCACCAAGCUCCACAACACCUGCACAGAGGUGGCCGCUGAGGCGACCACUGAGGCAGCCACCGCCACCGCCCGGGCCAGGGAGCUGCAGGACAAAGCUGCCCGUUAUGGGACAGCUCAGGAAAACAUGGGGGAGCUGGGUCAGGCCCUGGGUGGGGAGGAGGGAGCCGAGGUGGUGGCCAGGUAUAAAGCCCAGGUGAGGAGAGAGGCCACAGUGGCUGCCAGCGAGGCAACAAGGGCCACCAUGGAGAGACAACGGGUGGAGGUGGCCCUGGGGCUGCUGGAGCGCUUGGUGGCCGCGUGUGACGAAGCCACUGCGUUCCCCCGGGAGCUGCAGCGCCUGCUCAGGGACAUCGAAGCCACCCUGAAGGGGACAAAUGAGGCGUCCCCCGAUGUCCCUGAGGCCUUGGUGGCCAAGGUGGCCGUGGCUGAGCAGCUGUGGGAGGCCAGUGCCCGCCUGGCCACGCAUCACCUGGUGGGGACAGUUCCAGACAUCAUCAAGUUGUUGUUCACUGGUGGUCCCGAUUGCCUCAGUGUCUGUGGAGUGGCCGAGCGGUGCCAAAGAGCCAUCGAGGACAUCCCAAGUCUCCUUCGACCCCUGGAGCACCUCGAAGGUAUCCCCAAGGUGUCUCCAGUGAGCAUGGAGCCCCAAGAGCUGUCCCCAGCUGUGCUGUUGCCACAGGUCACUGUGGUGGCCAUCUUGGGUGAGCUGCUGGCCACCCUGCCCAGUCGGGACGAGAUGAUGCAGCCCUGGUCCCCAUUCAGCCUGCACUGGGACCUGGUGAGAUUCACCGAGGAUCUCCAGGUCACUCUGUACUGCAUUGAUGACACCUGGUGGUGCCACAAUGUCACCUCCAAUGAUGAUGACCCUGUCACCUCCCUGAGCCAGGCCCUGGUCGCCUACAAGAGCAGCCCCGGGACCGCACGGAACCGUGUGACAAUGGCAGCCAGCAAGUGGCACCGGUCGGUGUCUGUGCUUCUGAACAGAUGGGUCUGCCUGGGCAGACAAGCCACCCAUCUCCCCUACGCCUGCAGGAAGGUCCUCACUGAGGCAGCCACUGCCACCGCCCGGGCCACGGAGCUGCAGGACGAGGCUACCCGUGAUGGGACAUCUCAAGAAAACAUGGUGGAGCUGGCGAGUCAACAAGGGCCACCAUGGUGA